CCCCGCACCCCCGCGACCCUUCGGAGCGUGCGGGACCAUGGGGACAGGGCGCGGAGUGUCACUGCUGGGCGGCCUCCUGGCGCUGCUGGCUCUGUGUCCCGCGGGGCGCCCGCAGAGCGUGCUGACCGACGACGAGAUCGAGGAGUUUCUCGAGGGUUUCCUGUCCGAGCUGGGGCCCGGGCAGCGCGAGGACCACGACGUGGACGCCUCGCCGCCCCCUGAGCCCACACCUCGAGGUCGCAAAGCCUUGCCAGCUGGCACGGGAGAGGUGCUUCCAGAAAAAUCCAAAGACAAAGGGAAGAAGGGGAAGAAAGACAAAGGUCCCAAGACACCCAAGCAGUCCCCAGAUGCCCCCAGUGUGCCCAAGAAGCCCAAAGAGAAACCACCACAGGCCACCAAGAAGCCCAAAGAAAAUUCACCAAAGGCCACUAAGAAGCCCAAAGAAAAACCACUGAAAGCCACCAAGAAGCCCAAACCACCAAAGGCCACCAAGAAGCCCAAAGAGAAGCCACCAAAGGCCACCAAGAAGCCCAAAGAGAAGCCACCAAAGGCCACCAAGAAGCCCGUGCUUGGGAGGGGAUCCCCCUCCCAAGCCCCUUCAGAGGCCCCUUUUUGGCCCCUGUCCCCUCCCUCCACUCCUGGCCUUGAGGAGCUGCCGCAGGUUGGAGGCGAGGCUCUCCAGCAUGGCCCAGGGAGAGAGACUGGAGUAGACCCCCAGCCUGAGCCAGCUGAAGAGACGGAGAUGCCCACGCUGGACUACAACGACCAGAUCGAGAGGGAGGACUAUGAGGACUUCGAGUAUGUUCGACGGCAGAAGCAACCCCGGCCACCAGCCAGCAAGAGGCGGCCCCAGCCGGAGCACACAGAGAAGAAAGACACAUGGCCCCAGCCCGAGGAGAGGACAGAGCCACCUCCACUGCCUGUACCUGCCCCACCACUCCCCGACUACGGCGAUGGCUACGUGAUCCCGGACUAUGACAACUUGGACUACUACUUCCGGCCGGGCCCCGCAGAGACAGAUGAAGAGGAGCUGAAGAAACCCAAAAAAGAGGACAACAGUGCCAAGGAGGAUAGCAAGUGGGCUUCGGGGAAGGGCAAGGACCACAAAGGACCCGGCAAAGGGGAGGAUCUGGAGGAGGAGUGGGCCCCCAAGAAGAAAGUCAAAUGUCCCCCAAUUGGUAUGGAAUCGCACCGCAUUGAGGACAACCAGAUCCGAGCAUCCUCCAUGCUGCGACAUGGGCUAGGGGCCCAGCGUGGGCGCCUCAACAUUCAGGCAGGUGCCGAGGAUGACUACUAUGAUGGAGCAUGGUGCGCAGAGGACGAUGGUCGCUUGCAGUGGCUGGAGGUGGACACCAGGAGGACCACCAUGUUCACGGGUGUCAUCACACAGGGCCGGGACUCACGUGAUCAUGACGACUUUGUGACGUCCUUCUUCGUGGGCUUCAGCAAUGACAGCCGAACAUGGGUGAUGUACACCAACGGCUACGAGGAGAUGACCUUCUACGGGAAUGUGGACAAGGACACACCAGUGCUGAGUGAGCUCCCCGAGCCUGUGGUGGCCCGUUUCAUCCGCAUCUACCCCAUCACGUGGAACGGCAGCUCGUGUCUGCGGCUGGAGGUGCUGGGGUGCCCGGUAACCCCUGUCUAUAGCUACUACACGCAGAACGAAGUCGUGAGCACGGACAACCUGGACUUCCGACAUCACAGUUACAAGGACAUGCGCCAGUUGAUGAAGGCAGUGAAUGAGGACUGUCCCACCAUCACCCGAACAUACAGCCUGGGCAAGAGCUCACGCGGGCUCAAGAUCUAUGCCAUGGAGAUCUCGGACAACCCUGGCGACCAUGAACUGGGUGAGCCUGAGUUCCGCUACACAGCGGGGAUCCAUGGCAACGAGGCGCUGGGACGUGAACUGCUGCUGCUGCUGAUGCAGUAUCUGUGCCAUGAGUACCGUGAGGGCAACACGCGUGUCCGUAACCUCGUGCAUGACACGCGCAUCCAUCUGGUGCCCUCGCUCAACCCCGAUGGCUACGAGGUGGCAGCACAGAUGGGCUCCGAGUUUGGGAACUGGGCACUGGGGCUGUGGACCGAGGAAGGCUUCGACAUCUACGAAGACUUCCCAGACCUCAAUUCUGUGCUCUGGGGCGCUGAGGACAAGAAAUGGGUCCCCUACCGGGUCCCCAACAACAACCUGCCCAUCCCUGAGCACUACCAGUCACCUGAUGCUACGAUGUCCACGGAAGUCCGUGCCAUCAUUGCCUGGAUGGAGAAGAUCCCCUUCGUGCUGGGUGCCAACCUCAAUGGUGGUGAGCGGCUGGUGUCUUACCCCUAUGACAAAGCCCGUGAGCCCAGCUCAGAGCAGAUGCUGGCGGCGGCCAUGGCAGCAGCACGGGGGGAGGAUGAGGAGGAGUGGGAGGCGCAGGAGACCCCCGACCACGCCGUGUUCCGAUGGCUGGCCAUUGCCUUUGCAUCCGCCCACCUCACCAUGACCGAGCCCUACCGUGGGGGCUGCCAAGCUCAGGACUACACCAGCAGCCUGGGCAUCAUCAAUGGCGCCAAGUGGAACCCGAGGGCAGGCACCAUCAAUGACUUCAGCUACCUCCACACCAACUGCCUGGAACUGUCCAUCUACCUGGGCUGCGACAAGUUCCCGCAUGAAUCUGAGCUGGCCCGUGAGUGGGAGAACAACAAGGAAGCUCUACUCACCUUCAUGGAGCAGGUUCACCGUGGCAUCAAGGGGGUGGUGACAGAUGAGCAGGGCAUCCCCAUAGCCAACGCCACCAUCUCCGUGAGUGGCAUCAACCACGGCGUGAAGACAGCCAGUGGCGGUGACUACUGGCGCCUGCUGAACCCGGGUGAAUACCGUGUGACAGCACACGCUGAGGGCUACACAUCCAGCGCCAAGAUCUGCAAUGUGGACUACGACAUCGGAGCCACCCAGUGCAACUUUGUGCUAGCUCGCUCCAACUGGAAGCGCAUCCGCGAGAUCCUGGCUAUGAAUGGGAACCGGCCCAUCAUGCGCAUCGACCCCUCGCGCCCCAUGAGCCCCCAACAGCGGCUUCUACAGCGCCGUCGCCUGCAGCAACGGUUGAGAAUGCGCGAACGACUGCGGCUCCAGCGCCUCAACAUCACGGCCACUGCGAGCCCCGCACCCAACACAGUCGUCAUGCCCAGCAUGCCAUCUGCCACCCAUGCACCGACCCCCACAAGCACACCCAGCCCUACCCUGAGUCCCGGGCAUUUGGUAACUGAGAGCACAACCAACUGGGAGGAGCUGGAGACGGAAACAUACACCGAGGUGGUGACGGAGUUUGGGACAGAACUGGUGCCCCCAGAGGAGGACUGGGAGGAUGGGGAGGAGGAGGAAGAGGAGGAGUGGGAGGAUGGAGAAGAGGGGAGGGAGGCCCCGGGCCCCGAUUUCCCCUAUACCACCGUGGAGACCUAUACAGUGAACUUUGGGGACUUCUGAGGCGGCAGGUUGGUCAGCGCCAGGGCUGGGCCCUCGUUCGUGCCCAGGCGGCACCAAUAAACCCCAAUGAGGCACC